AUGGAAGAUGGAGGAGUGAGCGGUGCUGCAGAGCUGGGCAGCGAAGGCACUGGAGACACUGUCGCUAGAAGCUUCGAGAUGCCAGCAGUGAGUGACAUGGGGAGGGGUGAGGAGCCCAGCCUCCCUUCUAGGGUCCCCGGGCGGAAGGAGCACUGUCCUCUCUUCGCAGAACCGCAGCACCGUUUGGGCGUCCAGACAAGUUCUUGGCGGCGGGCGAGAACAUCUUUUUAUUGCACACAGAAAAACAAAAACCCUCUGCAGUCUGUUAAGGAGGACACUGGAACUGGCAGGACCCGAGGUGCUUUCUGGCUUCAGUCGCUUGUUACUGAUGCAUCCCAUGGCAAAGGAUUUCACACAAUAGAAGAGUAUCUCCAGCAGAAAGAGAGCCAUGUGCCUCAAAAAUACAACCAUCUUCUCAUACACCAUCUUGACAGAUUGAUCAACCAGGAAUUGGACAAACAUGAGUUCCAGAAUUGUUCCCUGCUGCUGAAAUGUAUCCAGAGAUUCUGCAAAGACGACCAGGGCCAAGAGGAGCCCUUGCUAAUUCAGCAGGGGCUGAUCCCAAAGAUGGUUUCCUGGUUUGAAGAGGUAACAGGAUUUCUGAUCACAAAAGACAUGGCCUCAGAUACACUGCUGACAAAUGCCGUGGGAGACUUCCUCGACACUGCCCUAAUCAUUUCCAGGCACAGCAGGGAAGGGACAAUCCAGAUGUUGGAUUCCUUCAUACUUAGUUUAGGAUUCCUGGUGACAGAAGGCACAGUAAAGGCCUCCAUUCAGCAAGAGGCUCUGAGCACUUUGAACAGCAUUUUGGAUGCAGCCCCCCGAGAAGAGAGAAGAAAGCUCACUUCAUCAGAAAGCACGUGUAGACUUAUGAAAGAAUUGGCAAGGAGGAUCUUGACUGUGGGAGAUUAUAGCCAGCAGGUUGCUCUAUCAGAGGCAUUGUGUAGGAUGGCUGUUGGAACACUGAGAAAUGAGCUUGCUCUUCAGUGGUUUGAUGACAAAGUCCUGGCUGAAGCUUUCAAAGAAAUUAGGAACCGGGAAUUUGAGACGGACUGUCGGCAGUUUCUCAAUUUCCUGAAUGACAGACUUGGUGACGAGAGAAGGGUCUAUUCAUUCCCAUGCUUGACUGCUUUUGCUGAUGAUCAGGAGAUGAGAAAACCAGCAGAUGAAAAAUUAGAGGAAUUUUGGAUUGAUUUCAACCUAGGAAGUCGAAGCGUGACUUUUUACAUAGACAGCAGAGAGAGUGCUCUGUGGGAACCAGUACAGCUCUCAAAGGAGGCAGUGGUCAAGUUUAGUGCAGUGGAAAGUGAUAGGAUGAAGAUAUUAAUCAUUUACCUGAAAGAGUCGAUUAUCAUCAGCAAGAAAGAAGCAAAGAUAAUAGAAAUCCACUUCGACAGGCAACUCGGCAUAUCGCAAGCUUCAGUUCGCGCUUUGGGAGAAGAUGAACAGGUGGCUUCAUUUCAGACUCCUGUUUUGACAAAAGUCUCUCCUGAGUUUGAAAAAGAAGAUGGUAAGAUUCCUAGUAGCCACGAAAGUGAAACAGAGCAUGCAGAAGAAUCCACAAUCCUGCCAGGGUUCGUGGGUGAUGACGAUGACCUCGUGGAUGAUGACGACGACGACCGUUGCCUAAUAACUCGCAGCUUUGAUGUUCAGUCAGAGCCUGCUGUGAGUAAAAGAGGCUGGGAAAAGAUGCAAACAGAUACAGAAGACAGUUCACAUGAAAAAUCAAAACCACAAGAUCCCAAACAAGUUACUUCAAAACACAAGUAUCCUUCAGAUAUGCAAGAACCAUCAACUCAAACUCAGGCUUCUAAAUUAAAUGAUACAAAGAAAGAUUCUGCCUUUGAGGGGGACGCAGAACAAGACAGAAGGAGGCCGUUAAAUUUUAGGAAACAUUACUUCUCUGAGAGUAAUGAAGAUUCAGGUUCAAGCACCAGUGAACGAUCUUGGACCCAAGAUUACAAACGGAAAUCCCCAAGAACAUAUUCGCAGAGGAGGAAGCCAGGAAUCAGUUCUUUCAAGGUCCUGCCACUUUCCCCCAUCAGGAGUGGCAGAGUUCUUGGGGAAGACCAGGCUAAGCUAACACCAGUAUGGAAACGCAUCUCUGGGCGAAGUGAUACCACUCUUCCAAAGUUUUCUGAUGUAAAACUGCAAGGUAGUUCUGUGCUUUUAACUCCCGAGGCAUCUACACGGAAAAUAGUUGUUAAACUCUACAAUCACAGAACAAAGGCAGCCACAAAUAAGAAGCAGCAAUCAAACUUCUCAAUGAGGAAAGGUACAGGACUUGAUGGAAUUAGGCUCAGAACAGAACCCAGCUCUUCCACAAAGAAGACAUGAAGUAAUGGCCUGAAUAUGAGGGAGCUUCGAAGUCUUCAUCCACUGGGCAGUCUCUCUCCGUUAGAGCACCCAGAAUUUGAAGAAAACGUACCUCAGAUUGGGAACCGAGAGACGUUCAUGGAAAACAUUAGCUUCAAACACAAGCUAGAAAACUCAGAACACACAGAGAUACCAGAUGGAGGUGUUGCUGCCCCAAAGCAAUCAAGAUUAGAAGAUGCUCCAGGAUCCCCCGCUCUGACAGAUAUUUCUACUUCAUCCCAAGAAGAUGUGCCAGAAAAUGCAAAUAGUUCUGCUUUUAAAACAGCCUUUGAAAACUUCACUAGAGAUCUGAAAAGAAAAUUUGAGGUAUCACUCAAACAGAAAGAGAUUCCACUUUCUUCAGAGAAGGCAAAGGAAGUGCCAGGCUGCCUGAUCAGAUUUUGGAACCAGAUACACACGUGCAGACUGAACAAGCUGGAGAGGUUUCACAGGUCUGUUCUGCAGGAGCUGAGUGACAUGGAGAAGGAUCUUCAGGCUCUCAACCACCUAGAAGAGGAUGCUCUGGCAAGUCCCUUGUUUGUCCUGUCUCUGGGAACAAAGAGGACCUUUUCUAGGGGGAAAAAAAGAAGCAACGAGUGCUUAGUUGAAAUCGUUGUUCCUUUUCAGGAGUUUUGGGAGAAAGGAUCUGCUGACUUGCGAUCAUUGUGUGAUCAGCAAACGCUAAGGUACAAUAACCUGAGGAGGGAGAUGGAGUCUGUGGUGCCUUGGCCCAAGAGCUGUCCUUCAGAGUUAUGCUAUCAGCAAAUAGCCCUUAGCAGCUGCUGA